AUGCUGGUUCUGCCAUUUGUUGCUAUGUUGGCAUUUCUACUUCCUUCUGUUCUGCUUAUACAAUGCUGCAAAAAGAAGGCAAAGGAUGCUGCGACUAUAGAGGCUGGUGCGAAAUCGCCGUUGGAUGCUGGGAAAUCUAAGGCAAAAGGCGGUGGAGGGAAAAAGCCAAGUCCUGAUGGAGCGGUCAAGAAGGAGAAAAAGCCUGAGAAACCAGUGCAAGCUCCAACUCCUACGGCAGCUGCUGGGCCAUCGCUCGCCACUGCGUUUCCUCCAGAAAAAACCAAGUCGAAACCAAACAUCAAACAGGGUGCGAGUACAAAGACAGCUGCGGUCAGAACAAAGGCUGGAGCUGUUACAGCAGCAGCAAAGAAAAAUGAAGUCACUGCUGUUGCAUUGGAAAAGCCUAAAAAAGAAGAGAAGACGAAGCUGGUCAAUGUUGGAACUGAGAAAGCAAAACCCGAAGUAAAUCCAAUGAGUGCACCCAGCAAAUAUGACGACGGCACUCCAACGGUCAUUCUUACUCCAGCUGAUAUGAUGUCUGUGGCAGCGAUGACGGCAAAUCCAAACUCGACUGAGGCACCAGACGAUAAGUCUAAAGUUGGACAAAAGACUUCUGCAUCGUUCUACGAUCUUGACACGACAAAUAAAACCUCUGAUUCCGUCUAUGAAAAUGUUGAUUUACCUAAGACAAAGAGCACUGUCGAAAUGGACGGUGAAAAGGGAGCUGGAAAGGAAGACGGAAAGGAUGAGGAUGAUGAUGAUACAGAAAAGAGCAUCAUGAAGAGUAAGAUAGCCGAUGAAAAAAAGGCCGAAGAACAAAAGAAGUCAAUGGCAGCUCCCAAUGAAUAUCAGACAUUGGCGAACAUGAGCACAGACAAGGUGUUCCAGAAGAAGGGAUAAUGAUCUGAAGGAGAACGCUAAUAUGAUGCUGAGAAGGAUGAAGACAAUGAAAUUAAACAUCCUUAUAACCCAAAUAAAUAUAAUCCUUUUCUUUUGUUCAUUGCUAGAAAUUGCAAAUUUAUUUUGAUUUAUCCCACUAUUGUAUGUAUAUAUUGUGUUUUGUGUAUAUGCUAC